GGCUGUAUCGCCGCGGAUCUACCUCCCUCUUUCUCCCUCAGUUCUGGGACUGCGCUCAGUUGUUUCCUAAUUCCACCGCCCCCCCCCAAAAAAAGUUUUCUGAUUCGGUCUUUAGACAAGCAAACAAAAAUAGAGAGCCGUUGUUUUUUUUCCAGCAAACAGCAACCUCUCCACCGACGAUGGAGUUGUACAAAGUGACCCUGGAAGGACCGGCUCCGUGGGGUUUUAGACUACAGGGAGGAAAAGACUUCAACAAGCCUUUAACCAUGUCUAGGGUUACACCAGGCAGUAAAGCAGACCUGGCGAAUGUUGGAAUUGGAGAUAUGGUGCUUUCCAUCAAUGGUGAAAACACUGAAGGAAUGACUCAUUUGGAAGCGCAGAACAAAAUCAAAUCCUGUGUAGGAUUCCUGACUCUUUCCCUAGGGAAAGUUCUUCGUUCCUCGGGAGGUGGUGGUGAGAAGGAUUUUAUGCUUACUGCACCUUCUGUUCCGAAGUACUCGUUUGACUCCAGCAUGCCAUUGAAUAAGACAGCAAGACCAUUUGGUGUUACAACUACGGAAAGUUCAAAUUCAGGGACACCAAUAAAGUCAGUGAGCUACAAACCUGUAUCCCUAUAUACUCCACCUUCUGCUUUGCCUAGCAUCACACCUGCAUCCCAGACACAACAAUAUGGCACAACCACAGAAAAACACAGCUCAACUGCAACCACACUGCAGCAUCCAAAUGGCCCUGAGAGAGGUGCUGCAGGGAGAUCAUUUGACCUAGCUUCUGCACUUGAGCCCAGCUCUGAGUCCUAUGAAGAUUCAGAGAAGGAUAUGCCAAGAGCACCCACCCGUUCUUCUGUUCCGAGUUGCAGACCACCUUGGGUGGUUGACACUUCCUUUGCAGAGAAGUAUGCACCAGACAAAACUACCACCGUAAUGACUAAAUUCACUCAACCUGCUCAGCCAACUCCUCAGCAAAAUCGAAACUCUAUUGUCCAGGCAGCACAGCAAACACCUGAUGGGACUAACAGAACUCCAGUGUGUGCCCACUGUAACAAGGUUAUCAAAGGUCGUUAUCUUGUAGCUUUGGGCCGUUCUUGGCAUCCUGAAGAGUUCACUUGCAAUCAGUGCAAAAUGACCUUGACUGAGGGAGGAUUCUUUGAGGAAAAGGGUUCUGUUUUCUGUGGAAAAUGUUAUGAAAAUAAGCAUGCCCCCAAUUGUGCCAAAUGCAAACAGAAGAUUGUAGGUGAAAUUAUGCAUGCCUUGAAGCAGACAUGGCAUGUUAAGUGCUUUAACUGUACUGCAUGUAAAACCCCCAUCCGCAACAAAGCCUUUUACAUGGAGGAAGGCCAACCGUACUGUGAGAGAGAUUAUGAGAAAAUGUUUGGUACUAAAUGUCAUGGUUGUGACUUCAAGAUCGAUGCUGGUGACAGAUUUCUUGAAGCUCUAGGGUACAGCUGGCAUGAUACCUGUUUUGUCUGUGCUGUAUGUCAUAUUAACUUGGAAGGCAAAACGUUUUAUUCCAAAAAAGAGAAGCCCUUAUGCAAGAGCCAUGCCUUCUCUACCAUCUAGUCCACCACUGAUGAUUCCCAAAGAGCGCAGCAGAAACAGGCUCAGAAAAACUCUGCAACUAACACAGACUUUGAAGGAAGUCACAAAGAGAACUAAAGUUGCAAGAGUUCCAACUCUCAGAAUAAGAAUGUAUGAAAUGAGAGACAAUUUUAGAAUGCAAAACAUGGUUACAUUUAUGUUGCAUGUCUUUCUGUUGUGCAUGUAAUUUCUUUCUAAUUUCAGUGUUUGUUUUCCUUUGGGUGGGUGGGGAAUUACGUUAUAGGUAGCUAUCUUGGACAUCCGUACAGCAUAAGGAUAUUCUCACACGUUUCACUGAUAUCACUAUUUUUGCACACAAUCAACACAUUUUAGUAAAUACUUUGAAACUUUUCUCACUUUUUUAAAAUAUUUUUAUGGAGUAUGUAUAGCAAAAUCUGUCAGUAUUUUACUCAGACUUUAGAACUUUGCUUGUUACUGCACUGCAGCUAUUUUUGGUUGUCCAACAUUAAUAGCAGCUAGAAAAAGAUUAUUCAAAAUGUUCUAGUAUGGAUGUAUGCCAAAGUGUUUUACACAAGAUACAAAUUUAAACUAUUGAUUUUAUAGGUUGAAUGCUGUUGUACUUGGACUACUGAGAGAGAAGGGACUUUAAAAAAAAACAGCCUAAAUACAAGGCCAGAAACACCAUUUGAAUAUGUUCACUGGAAGUACAUAGCAUCUCAUCUGGCUGAAGCUUAAAUUAGGUCUUGUGUUUUGUACUUUUUCUUUGACUUACAUUGCUCUCAGUCAGGUUAAGUCCUGCUUAAUGCACUGACAUCAGUAUUGAAUAUUAAACAUGCUUUAUGUAGUCACUGUGACUAGCUCUUUGUGGCUAGUAUCCUUCUUGUAGGAGGAACUGAAGAUCUCUUCUGGACUAUUUCAAAGAAUAUUUGGAAGUAAUGUGUGUAACAAAGUAAAUUUGAUUAGUUAGAGGAAGUGCUGCAGGGAAUGUAACUUGGUUUCAUUUCCUUCCUUGUAUGUAAAAUAAAAUAGACCUAGACAAACUGUUGGUGGAAGGGAUGAUUUUGUGUAGGUAUUAUUUCAAGGCUUAACAAUUCAGCCUUCAAUUACCAAAGAAAUAUUUAUCUACUUAGUACCAUUUUCUAGCAAACUUUUAAUAGAAUCUCAGUAACUUUUGCAUUCAAGGAUUUUUGAAUAAAGGUGGGCAAACCUCAAUUGAUGUAUGUAAAGAUGGUACUCAAUUUAUUUGUGGUAGAGUUGAGAUUGUGAUAUUGUCAUUGAAUUCUGGAACUUGUUACAUCACAUGCAAGGAGGCUAUGUGUCAAAGGAACAAAUAGUGUUAUAUUCUGAAACUUUUCCGCAACAGGUUUGGCCAACGUUUUAGCCUUAUUUAACCUGUUUUGUUUUUAAGUGUUUAAGUUUGCAAAUGGAAGGUGCUGCAACAAAGAACCUGGUCAUCACAAAUAUUUCCAUUUGUCACAGGUAUGGAACCUAUAAUGUACUAGGUAUUGGUAUAAAAUGCUUUCUUUAUUUGUGUGAGUUUCAUAACUUGAAUUUAUCCUUCUUUUGCUGAAAAGUAUACCCAUGUCACGUAUUACAUAUUUCCAAAGCAAUUGUAAUUUGCCAGGAGAGCAUCAUAAUUGUUUGAAAUUAAAGCAAGUUAUGAUUCAAA